ACGAAGAAGGAGCUGAGUUUGUUUACAUCACAUGGAGCGCUGUAACGUAGGGUCAGUUUGAUCAUCGGGCACAGGUACACAAGAAUAUGAUGGGUGUUCAAAGCCAGUUUAGGACCAUGAGACAACGACGGAAGAAAGCACACAUAGCUGAGGAGGCUGCUGCCAUGCGGAUCAACGCAGAAGAAGGCACAGGGUCAAGUGAUCAACCAAAUCGCGGUGGCUCUGCGCAACGAGAUGGGGUUUUUCCUCCAGAGCAGCAGGAUUCAGGACAAAAUCACGACACCACCAAAACCUCCGAGUGUGUGAAGCUGUCCACAUCCUGCGUUUGUGCGUGUGCCCUCCAGGGUCCGGGUUCCCUGAAGGUGACCAUACAGCAGCGCGGCGACUGUCGAGAGUUCCCACAGAGGGACAAGCUGGACGCCGAGCAGCUGCCGGCAGUUGCAGGGCUUCACUGUCAUGUAUGCAGAGUUACGUGUCACUCUAUGCAGGUGUUUGAGGAACACAUGAGCAAUCCAGAUCAUGUGACCAAAUGGAAGGAGCUCACACACUCCGUCAAUGUCAUCACACACACACUCACGAACAGCAGAAAGUGGCGUUGGUGCAAUGUAUGUCAGACUCACUUCAGCAACGAUGUCAUCAACCAUCGACGAACCCAACAACACAAAGCGUCUAAGCGUGCAUCACAGCCGUUCUGUGAAGCAUGUCGCCGUCACUUAAGGACACCCCGUAAGUUUGUGGAGCACAUGAAGUCCGACAAGCACAAGCAACAGGUGCGUUUGAGGGAGGCUCAGGAGGAAGAGCUUAUCACCGUGGACGCCAUUGGUUGCUUUGAGAAGGAGGGGGAGUCAAAGCAAAAAGUCGAACUUGGACAUGAGGAAAAGGAGGCAGCCACUUCACAGCACUCCUCCGCGGACGUGUCCUCUUGACAAUGACAGCGUACAGUACCUGGACGACCAGAACGACAUUGGCGCGUGGAUUGUGAAGGGCUCUCUUCGGAGGGCAGGGGUUUUUGGAGACCGCCAGAAUCCGCUGGCGUACACGGACGAUGUUCUCCAUGAAAGAUAUCGAUUUUCAGCUGAGGGAAUUCGUUGCCUGUGCCAGCUGAACAAUUCGGACAUCACCAUUGUAACCCGCCGAAGUCAGGCCCUCACAACUGCGCAGAUUUUGUGCCUGUCCUUUCGCUCUUUCGCCAGCGGACAAUAUAUGUAUUCCAUCGGUGAUGCUGAAUAUCUGAGUAAGAACACUGUAUGCCGUGCGAUUCGGAAAGUUGUAGGAUUGGGGUAUGGAAACGCUUCAAAUUUAUUGUUGAAAAUGCUAUACAGAAACAUUUGUCAGCUUUGCUGAAUGUAAACGAAUGUGGAGCUUUGCUCUCAUACCAGAAAUAUAUUUAAUAAACUUUUCCAUUGUUAUUUCGUCGUGUAAAUGCAUUUAUGAUAUUCAUAAAAAAUAUGUAGACUAUUUAAACAUUGAAAAAACUGCCAACUCGAAGAGGUUAAAAUAAAUGUCAAAUCCACUGAUAGAACAGACAUACAAAUAACAAAGAUAUAAAUGUUUAUUGAAUAUGCAUCUUCUUGUCUUGUUUAACUGUGAGAAUUUGUUACAAAAUACGGGCUUUAAUUUUUUUUAUCAUUACGCACAAGCAUUGUCACAAAUGUGAUCACACAAAAUACAACCACGCAUCGCAUCCCCUCAUUUCCUUCUUCUCCUGAGUCCUCACAAAUAUAGCAUACAAUUUCGGGGGGGGGGGGGUUCAGACUCGGGCCUGCAAAUCAAGUUAAUUGAUCAGGCUCGGGUCAGUUCGGGCUGGAUAUUUUUUUAGGCCCGGACAUACAUACACUCUUCAUACAGUCAAUGGGACUAAACAUACAAUCAUCCUGCUUCAUUUAGUGAUGCGCAUACGAUAAAUUAUUUCUUACAGACAACGUACCAAAUCUUAUUUUAUUGUCCUGACAGCAGACUUUAUUUCUUUUCAAGGACAUAGGUAAACUAGCAUAUUGACGCAUUCACAAAUCACACGAUCUGUAAUUCGCUGCCAACAGACCAGUUGCGCUCUACCAGCUGAAGCGGUGUUGGAUUUCGCAGUGCGGGUGGAUUUUAAUUCCUCAUAACUCCGCAUGUUUAUCGCGCAUUCCUCCUCCAUGAAGUAAGGUGCCUGUGUCAUUGUCUCAAGUAGUGUUUGACUCUGGUCUCUGCCCCCUUUUAUGUGAACGCGCAGUAACUCUGACUGUGUUGACACAGGUUCGACUAAUCAACCUCAUAAUCACCGUCAUAGCACCGGUCAACCACAAACUAGAUAACCAGGUUUUAUCAACCUAGGCGGGUUGCCGAGAUAUUGACUUGCUGCCAUUUGACAGUUUGUAUAUCCCUUUAUUGCUAAUUGUUCAUUGCCUUGUUUUUUUUCGUUUGUCUGCCUCUCACCGCGGUUUUCUCUUGUUUUAUUUUUUUGUUUUGUAUUGAUCCCGACCAACUGUCACAGACCCUUUUUUUGCCUCCCUUUUCGCGAUUGCGUGUUUUUUGUGUGUUCAAUAAACCCUUGUACGCAAUA